AUGAUUCUCUCUUACUCGCAAGCUUUGCUCCUUGGAAAAGCGGUCUUAUCCCAACCAACGGCCGCUUCUAGCCGAUGCUCACCGAGUUUCAUCAACAAGCCAGAUCUGUUGGGAGCUACUAUUCUCGAAGUGCAGGCCCAAGAAGUCCACAACUAUUCCGCCACCAGUAUUGCCCCAGGAACCAAUGCUGGAGGCCGAUAUACUAUCAACUUUUGCAAUGUCACCGUGACAUACACUCACCCCGGUUGGAACGACACGAUCAACACCCAAGUGUGGCUUCCGUUGGAGGAUUGGAAUGGGAGAUUUCAAGCUAUAGGAGGCGGAGGCUACAGCACAGGAUUUGGUUCUAUCUACCUCACAUAUGCCGUUGCGAAAGGCUUUGCAUCAGCCUCCACCGAUGGUGGGCUUGCAACAGGAGCAAGCGUCAUUCCCACGGAUCUAUCUUGGGCACUCAGCAGCAAAAACAAUGUCAACUGGUUUCUUCUCAAAAAUUACGCAUCAAAGGCGACAAACGACAUGGCUGUGAUUGGAAAGCAGAUUACCAAAUCAUUCUACCAGAAAGCCGCGAACUAUUCUUAUUUCACCGGGUGCUCUGGUGGUGGGCGACAAGGCCUGAUGAUGGCGCAGAACUUCCCUGAUGCUUUUGAUGGAAUCUUGGCAAUCUCCCCUGCCAUCAAUCUGGAAACAUUCAUACCCGCGGGAUAUUGGCCUGAGCAAGUCAUGAAUCAGAAUCAUUAUCAUCCCCCACCUUGCGAAGUUGAGGCCUUCACCAAGGCUGCUGUCAAAGCGUGCGAUCGGAUGGACGGAGUGGAAGACGGCAUCAUUAGUGAACCUGUCCUUUGCGAUUUCACUGCCUAUGACUUUGUUGGUCAGAACUUCACAUGUAAUGGGACUCGGCGAUCUCUGUCUGCAUCUGGCGCGAAGAUUGUUGAAGCUGCUUGGUCAGGUUCUGGGAAAGAGGGCUGGUUUGGCUUGAAUAAAGACGCCGAAAUCAGAAGCUACUAUAUCCCGACUGCAUGUUCUGGGAACGAUACAUGCUAUGCUGACAGCGCUCCUUUGAUGGCCAACUGGAUUCAAUAUCUUAUCGCUAAGGAUACCGAUUUCGAGGUCAGCAAUAUGACCGAAGAGGCGUUCUUCAAACUCCUACAUGCGUCAAGAUCUCAAUACGCAUCACUUGUCAGCAAUACGGAGUCUGAUCUGUCGAGUUUCAAGGCGAGUGGUGGUAAGAUGAUCACCUGGCAUGGACUUGCGGAUGAAGCCAUCCCACCAAAUGGAACAAUCAAGUACUAUGAGGAAGUUCUGGAGAAAGAUCCAAAAGCUCAUGACUUCUACCGCUUUUUUGAGGCACCAGGAGUAGCUCACUGUUUUGGUGGCCUGGGGCCUAUUCCCAAUGGAGCAAUUUCUCAACUCAUGGAUUGGGUGGAGAAAGAUUAUGCCCCUGACACUUUACAAGCCACUGGUGGAAAGAACAAUACAGCCCGCAACUUGUGCCUUUAUCCUCUCCAACAGAAAUAUGUUGGAGGAGAUCCUAGGAAGCCAGCUUCUUUCAUAUGUCAUUGA